AUAGCAGCCAAAGCCACCCUUACGCGUGCUUUUCAAGGCCCACAGCAGCCACAUAGCUCAAAACUGAGGAGCUGAGGUGAAAAAAUGCCGCGCACGCGCGCGCAGAGACGCGCGGCGCAAGGGCCGCUGGGAGGGCUCGACGACGAUGCGCUGCGACGCGUGCUGACUUUCCUCUCUGUAGCGGACAGCCGCCGCAUCGCGGGAGGCGCAUCAAAAGCGCUGCGCGGCGUGGCUACGUCGAACGAGUUGACGCGCCUUCGCGGCUCGGAAAGCUAUGUGCUGCGCGGCAGCGACCACGGCGUCGUCCACGCACUAGCGACGGCGCUUGGGACGCAGCCAUGGCGCAGAGUUAGCUUUACUUACCAUGCCUGCAUGGUGGCGCCUCAUUUUGAACAAAUCACCAACGCGGCGAUGCCGCCCUCGAGGCUCCGAAUCAUACCUCAACGAAGGCUCCUUGAUGCCCCAGUAGUUCAUCUACGUGAAGAUAGGGUCUUCCCGUUCCAGGUUGUCGAUCGGGACUCGCACGAGGACUUGAUUACAAUUGGCGAGUGCUGCGUGCUCUCAGGCACUUUAGUUGAGUUUCAAUUGCCCUUCCAGCUGCAACUUAGCAGCUUCCGCCUCGCGCACGGCUCGUGCAGUGUGCGUAAUUUCGGGGACUGGGUGUUCGAGGCGUUCGACGGCGAGCGGUGGCACGUGCUCUACGAGUGCGGUGCGAGUCCAUGGGUGGAAAUACCCUUUGGCUUUGAUGGACCAGCGAAAUGCUUCGAUGUUGAUGGAACUGCGGUAGCGUCCUCCCGCUUUCGGCUGCGAAUGCUGGACGUAGUUGCGGAGCAUGGCGAUCAUGAUAUCGAGGCCCUGCGGUGCCUGCACAUCCGGGACUUCGAGCUCUUCGGCACAGUCCUCCCGCCCUGGAGCGUGUAA